UUUGUGAUUAUUUUUUAUUACUACAGAAAUGAUUUUCAGGUAAAUUAGAACCAACUGCACUCUAAGCAGUCGACGAGCAAAAUUUGCAAGAUGACAACAAGUCUUGAUCCACAUACCAACUUUGCUCGAGCUUGCCGAGCCAUUAUUAACCUAAAUACGGACAUACUAAGGGAUGAACUGGAUUCUCAUAUCACACCAGGAGAUAUAGCCAGAAAGGCCAAUGUCAGUACUAGCUUGCCAAACCUCAGACCAGAACAAUGGGCAUCUAUCAACAACGCAGCUGCCAAAGGUUCCUACGAAGAUUUCGACAGCUCUCUGUUGUAUAUCAUGAUCAGAAAUUUAUGUCCACUCUCACAACCUCUGCUCGGAUGGAACAGGAAACCUCCACCGACAGAUCUCUCAGUGGCAGCGGACGUAGAGAGGAUCCGCUACUAUAGAAAUGAAGUUUAUGGACAUACCACUCGAGCAGAAAUAUCAGAUUCUGAAUUCAACAGCAUUUGGUGGGAACUCGAAAAGAUAUCUGAAAGAUUCGAUAGGAACAGACCCGGCAAAAACUAUAAAAAGAAACUCGUCAGUUUGAGCCACUGUUGUAUGGAUGAAAAGAUGAGACAAGCAAUGGAAGAGAAAAUGAAGUCUAAUAAAUUAUUAGAGGAAGCAAAGAAGCAAAGAUAUUUGGUUGAAGAUUGGAAAAUCCAGGACAAAAAAUUUGUCGAGACCAGGGCAUGUAGAGCUGUCAGAGAAGAAUUGAAGACAAAAAAUAUUGUAACUAUUGUAGGUAAUUCUGGAUCUGGAAAAUCAUUUAUAGCGCGUCACCUGGCGUUAGAAUAUCAGAAACACGAUUGGAAUAUAUUUCUAGUAGAUCAUGUUUUAGAAUUUAAACGCAUAGCAGACCCUUCCUCUCCACAUCGACAAUUCUUUGUUCUUGAUGAUCCUGUUGGAAAAUAUUGUUUAGACGAAGUAUCAUUUAAUGAAUGGUUAAAGAUUGACAAAUCUUUGAGCGGAGUCUUUGAAAAUAAAAUUAUCAAAGUUUUGAUUACAUGUAGGAAGUCGGUAAUAUAUGAAAUAAUCUAUACGUGUUUCCUUAGCGCUAACAUUGUUGAAAUCGAUGCAAAGAAACUGCAAUUAGAUAAUGACGAGAAAAAAAGAAUUUUAGAGUGUUAUGUUGCGAAGGAAACAUUGAAAGAUGAGGAAAUUGAGCUUAUAAUAAGAGCAGAAUUACUUUUUCCGUUGUUAUGCAGACUUUUUACUGAAAAUGAGAAUUACAGAAUGAACGGGAUUCACUUUUUCCAGAAUCCAACUCCCGUGGUCAUAGCUGAAAUAAAUAAAUACAAAUCUAGGAAGAAAGAGAAGUAUUUGGCUCUUGUUCUUCUUGUCGUGCAUGGAGGUACCAUCAAUACAGAUAAAUUCUUAGAUUUUAAUAAGAGUAGGGCGAAAUUUGAAGAGAUAUGUGAGAUCUGUGAGGUAGACAGAAAUGUUUCUAGAGUUGUAAUCAUAAAUCAUCUUCAUUCUCUCGUUGGAUCAUUUGUGCAAAAGGUGGAGUCAACCUUUAGCUUUUUGCAUGAUUUUCUGGAGGAUGUAACAAGUUUUGUUUUUGGAAAGCAUUCCCCGGUACAGUUACUAAAGUACUGCAGUUUGAAACUUAUCAGACAGAAAGUUCAAGUUAUUACAGAAAAGAACAUGGAUGAAUCCCAUGAGAACAAUGACUUUUGUAUAACCAUUGAUGAAAAAUAUAUUGACACACUUGUGGAGAGAUUGUUAAAAGAAAUAUUUCUGAACAACACUGUUGAAAUAUGUAUGUGUCCGUCCUUACGGCACGAGAAAGUAGUAAAAAAUAUUGCAAAUCGUAUAGAUUGUCUUGCAAUAAAAGACUUUAGAAAUUUUUGGAUAAAAUGUCAGAAACAACAUGUAUUGUUUGCACAGUCCGAUAUAAUUUUUGAAGAGGAAAGAAAAUAUUUUAUAACAAAAUUUGAUGUUAUUGAAAACGAUCCCCUACUUUCUGCAUUAAAUAUUUUUUUGAUAUUCAACCAUGAUAAAAUCUGUGAAUUCAUCCUUACAAGGAUUGAAUAUGAAAACUUAAAAUUAAAUGAUACAGAAAAUAAGAAAUUAAUUUUAGCAAACUGUAUCAAUGGGAACAUUGCAAUUUUACAAAGAAUAAAAUUACUUAGUGGAGAAGAUAUUUUAACGAAACAAUUAGAAGAAGACGGAAGCCAUUUGCCUUUGCAUCUAUCAGCUGCCUUUAAUAAUAUCAGUAUUUCAAGAUUUUUACUCGGUUUGAAUUGUGAUGUUAAUGGUGAUAAUCGAAACACAGCAUUAUUUUUAGCCGUCUGUAAUGGACAUUAUGCCUCGACAAAGAUACUCUUGGAAAACAAAGCAGAUGUAAAUAUGCGUUCAAAGUACAAUAAUCGUACUCCAUUAUUUUGUGCUAGUGAAGAUGGGUUCGAAGAUAUUGUUUACUUACUUCUUGAGUAUGAAGCUGAUGUAAACAUUUGUUUACAUAGUGGCAUGAGUCCUUUAUAUGUUGCCUGUGAUAGUGGUCACUCGGGCAUCGUAAAAGUUCUCCUUGAAAAUGAUGCCAACGUAAAUUUAUGCGAAUGUAGUGGUUGGAGUCCUCUUUCUGUUGCUGCUUAUACAGGUAGUAUCAGCAUUGUAAAAUUACUCCUGGAAAACAAAGCCAACGUAAAUCUAUGUGAUAUGGAUGGUAGGAGUCCACUUUUUGCGGCUUCCGUCGAAGGUCAUCUGAAAAUUGUAAAAACACUCUUGAAAAGCAAAGCUGACGUAAAUUUAUGUGAUAAUCUGUAUAGAAGUCCACUUUUUGCGGCUACAAUAGAAGGUCAUAUCAACAUUGUAGAAAAACUCUUAAAAAGCCAAGCCGAUGUGAAUAUUCACUCAGACAGCAAUAGCUGGACGCCAUUAUUAUGUGCCAGUAAAGAUGGGUUCGAGAAUAUAGUUCAUUUACUUCUACAAUAUAAAGCUGACGUGAAUAUGUGUUUAAGUAAUGGUAUGAGUCCUUUAUAUGUUGCUUGUGAAAGUGGGCACAUUAACAUUGUAAAAACUUUUCUUGAGAAUGACGCUGAAGUGAAUUUAUGUGAACACAGUGGUUGGAGUCCACUUUCUGUUGCUGCCUUUACAGGUAGUAUCAGCAUUGUAGAAAUACUUCUGGAGAACGGAGCCAACGUAAAUUUAUGUGAUAUAAACGGUAGAAGCCCACUUUUUGCGGCUUCCGUCGAAGGUCAUAUCGGCAUUGUAAGAACACUGUUGAAAAACAAAGCCGAUGUAAAUUUAUGUCACAACGAUGGCAGAAGUCCACUUUAUGUGGCUUCUAUCAAAGGCCAUUUUAGUAUUGUAGAAAUACUCCUGGGAAACAAAGCUGACGUUAAUCUAUGUGAUAGAUAUGGUCGGAGUCCACUUUUUGCGGCUACCGUCGAAGGUCAUAUCGAAAUUGUAAAAUUGCUUUUGGAAAACAAAGCCGAUGUAAAUUUAUGUGUUAAAGAUGGUUGGAAUCCACUUUGCUCCGCAAGUAGAAAUGGUAAUUAUGACAUUGUAAAGCUACUUUUGCAAUUUAAAGCGCAUUUUAGGUUGUCUGAUGAUACAAAUGGAAUGUCUUUGCUUUUGGCUUGUAUAAAAGGACAUGAAAAAAUUACAAAACUACUGUUAAAGAAUACGGUUGCUGUAAAUUUCAGAGAUGUGAAUGGAUUAACUCCACUCCAUCAAGCAAUAAUGAAUGGACAUGACAACAUCGUCAUGACACUCAUUGAAAGUAAUGCAGAUGUAAACUUACGUGACACCUAUGGAAAAAGUCCGCUUUUUGUAGCUGCCGAAAGUCAUAUUAGGUUUGUUGAACAUCUUCUUCAGUUUGGAGCUGAUGCAAAUAUAUGUGACGAAAGUGGAUUCACUCCUCUCCAUUAUUGCUGUUCAUUACAACAGAAUGAUAUAGUAAAAAUGCUUGUUGAAAAUAAAGCUAAUAUCAACAUUUAUAAUAGUGAAGGUAUAUCCCCCCUUUUUGUGGCUUGCCUUUCUGAGCACGAAUCAACAGUGAAAUUGCUUUUGGAGUCUGGAGCUGAUGUUAAUCAAUGCGACAGAUAUGGUUUUAGUGCAGUUCAUAUAGCUGCCCAGAAAGGUCACAUUCCAAUUUUGAAUAUUCUGCUUAAUUUUCAACCAAAUUUGGAUUAUCAAACAUCCCAUAAUGGUUUAACCGCAUUGCAUCUUGCAGUACUCUUUUCUCAUGAACGAGUUCUUAAAGCUCUUCUUACGCAUAAAAUCAGUAUUGACAUCGGGGAUAAGCAGCGUAGAACUGCAUUACACAAAGCCUGUCUUCUUGGCAAUAAAAAUAUUGUCGAACUUUUACUGAGGUUUGGUGCCGAUGUCACACAGAAAGAUAUGUUCAGUAAAUCAGCAAUAGAUAUAGCAAGAAAGCGGCAUUUUAUUCGUAUUGAAAGAUUAUUGAUGGAAUCCUUGAACAGAAGAAAAUAAUUCAUUUAGUGGUUAUUCUGAUCAAAAAUAGGUCGCAUUAAAAAUGAAUAAAUAUAUUGUAAUAUGAUUUUUUUUUACAUUCUCCCCAUUCCAGGAGAAUGAGAGAAGGAAGUAAGAAACUUAAAAUAUCUUUUUUUUGAUUCGGUCAUGUCAUUGAAUACAUGUUAUAUAGAGAAAAAAGACCUUUAGUCAUACAUUAAGCAAUUUUUAUAUUCAUGUAGAAACAUUUAUCCGGUGUUUUUUUUAAUCAAAGGCGCAUAUAUUUGUGUAAAAUUAUU